AUGGUAAAACAAUAUCAAACAAUGUUUCUAUUAUUAAAUCUUUAUAUUCCAGAAAACACUCCAUCUAAACGUUUAAUUGAUUCGAAUGUCACUUCAUCGAAUCGUCAUAACGUAUCAAUUAUGUGGCUUGAUACAAAAGUAGAUCCCAAUGAUCUACACACACUUCAAUUGUGUAAUCAACUCAAUGAUAGAGUUCAAAUUUUUAAUGAUAUACGUGAUUGUAUAAAUACUCUUCAAGGAUGUCAAGAAACCAUUCUUUUAAUUUCGUCAGGAAAAUGUGCCGAGCAACAUCUUCAAAAACUUCAUUCAUUAACAUCAAUUGAUUCGAUAAUUAUUUUUUGUGCUAAACCUAAAAAUUAUCCUAAUUUAACAACUAAUAAUUAUAUUAAAAUCUUAGCUUGUAUUUCUACUGAAAUUGAACUUAUUCAAUGUGUUCAUAGAUGGAUUGAUUUAAAAUGUCAAACACAUUUUUAUAUAUGGAAUAAUCAAAUUAAUAAUCCUAAUGAACUAAAUCGUCAAACAGCAUUAUUUCUUGCUAAUUAUCUUUUACCUAAAUAUAUUCAAAAUCAUACUCAUCGUUUAUGUAAACAAGAAAUGUUAAAUCUUUUUCAUGCAUAUUAUUCUCAACAUGAAUCAGAAUUGAAACAUGUUAAAGAAUUUGAACUUACAUAUACAAAUACAGAUGCAAUUACAUGGUAUACACGUGAUUCAUUUGUUCAUAAAAUGGUUAAUCGAGUAUUACGAUCAUUUGAUAUUUUAAAACUUCGUGCAAUUGCAUUUUAUAUUCAAGAUUUACGACAACAAUUAAAUGAUUGGCGUUUUAAAACGAGUUCGAAAGAUCUACUUACUGUAUAUCAUGGUUUAGUGAUGAUAUCAAGUGAUAUUAAUCGAAUAGAAACAAUGCCGAUCGGUGCAUUAUUAUCAACAAAUGGAUUUUUAUCAACUAGUCGAAACCGUGAAGUUGCAAUGGCUUUUGCAGCGAGGAAAAAGAAUGCUAUCGGUCAACCAUUACGAAAUGUAUUGCUUGAAAUAAAUUUAGCUAUUGAUAAUUCGCCUAUUAUUUUUGCGGAUAUUCGACAUGUUAGUGUUUUUCCUGAAGAAGGUGAAAUUCUUUUUGAUAUUGGUACUGUUUUAUGUUUACAAAAUGUAACAUAUGAUAGUGAAACUGAAUUAUAUACAAUUAAAUUAGAUAUUGCUACACAAAAUGAUUAUGAUUCAAUCGAAAGACUAUUAGUAUCAGCUAAGCAACAAUUACAUGGACAAAUUAAUAAAGAUAGUAGACAGGAAUCACUUAUUGGUAAAUUAUUAAAUAUUAAUGAUCAAUCUAAUGACCAAAGAACAAAGUCUAAUGAUCAUUUACAAACAUAUUCAUUAUUUCAGUCAUCAUCUAAUAGUUUAUGGUAUUUACAUUAUGAUAAAGUUAAACAUUUAUUUGAAGUAUAUCCACAAAAAUUUAUAGAAUUGAUAACAAAUUAUUUUUAUCAAAAACCGGUUCAUUCGAAAAAGGACGAUCUUGUUCUCUACAAUGAACCAUAUUUAGCAAGAUUUGAUUCUGUACUUUUCUUUUAUUUAAAUGAUGAUUUAAUGAAAACUGAACGAACUAAUCUUUCAUUGAUAUUUUCAUCGCAAUAUCGCCGUUUUAUUACAAAAGAUCUUACACGCGAACAAGUUGAUGAUAAUCUUAAUGAAUUUUAUUAUAUCAGAUAUAUUGCACCUGAAUUACCAUCACAUAUGAAAGAUAAUGGUAGAAUAAAAUUUUAUCAACUUAAUGUACCUGCAGAAAAACAAAAUACAAUUGAUCAGAUUAAAUUAGUGGAAAGAGUAGUAAGUAAAUUACUUCAUGAUCUUGGUAUGUUUUAUCAUGAACAAGCAAAUAGCCAAGUUGGCGAUUCACUCAAACUGAAUAUCGAGAAAAAAUUACGAAUUAAAGCAGCAGAAUGUUAUCAAAAAUUAUCAAAUGAAACUGAAAAAACAAUGCAGCGAUACCGUUCUAAAGAUCAGACCAAGUAA